UUUCAACUUUUCUCUAUCCACGGUUUAAAAUGGCUGGAUUUAAAAACCUGCAAAGUGCAGAUAAUGCAAAAAAGCUUGUUAUAGCAGCCGCAACUUCCAAAAUAACACAAAAAAAUUUAGAAAAAUUAGAUACUACAAAACAACAAACAGAGGAGCAAAAGCAAAAAGAACAAAAUAUAUCUGAAGAAGAUGGCGAAGAUGAAAUCUCAGUGUGGAGUAUUUUAACAACAAAUAGUAACAUACAGAAAAGUGGCACUUCAAACUCUCGAGCUAAUAUUGAAGUUCAACGAUAUCUCGAAGAAGCUACGUCUGUUCCGUGUGAAAGGCUUUUUUCAAAGGCCGGGUUGAUAAUUACGGAACGACGUAGUCGUCUUAAUCCAAAUAAAGACAACUUCCAUUUUUGAACGUUAAUUUGUGUCAUUUAAAGAAGUAGUUUUUUUGCUAAAAUAUGUUCAAUAGUUUUUUUGUUGAAUCAUUUUUU